AUGAGUUUCAGAGGUGGUAACAGAGGUGGCCGUGGUGGUGGUCGUGGUGGAUUUGGCAGAUCGAUACCGCAAGGUCCACCAGACCAGGUGUUGGAAAUGGGCCAAUUUAUGCAUCCUUGUGAGGACGAGGUUGUGUGUCGUUCGAUCAACACCAAAAUCCCAUACUUCAACGCACCAAUUUACCUUGAGAAUAAGACCCAAGUUGGUAAAGUCGAUGAAAUCUUGGGACCUUUGAAUGAGGUUUUUUUCACGAUCAAAUGCUCCGAAGGUGUCCAGGCAUCUAGUUUCAAAGACGGGGACAAAUUUUACAUUGCUCCCGACAAACUGCUGCCCAUUGAAAGAUUUUUGCCUAAGCCAAAGGUAGCUGGACCACCAAAACCCAAGAAGAAGAGAACUCCAGGUGCUCCUGGUGGACGCGGUGGUAGCCGUGGUGGAUUUGGAGGCGGUCGUGGAGGCGGUCGUGGCGGUUUUGGCGGUGGUCGUGGUGGCAGUCGCGGUGGAUUUGGCGGUGGUCGUGGUGGAUUUGGCGGCGGCCGUGGAGGCGGUCGUGGCGGUUUCGGCGGUGGCCGUGGAGGUGGCCGUGGUGGUUUCAGCCGCGGUGGAGGCCGUGGCGGGAGAUUCUAA